UCAGAAAUUCUUCGGUGCAAGUUAUAAUGUUUUGGCACCUUCCAUGUAGCUCUCUUGGCUAUCUGUGGGUGGGCAAAUGCUAGUGAUGCUGUUGAAAUUCUGUGUGUGUCAUUUCUGCUUCCCACGGCUCGCUGUGAUCUUCACCUUAGCACAGCAGAUAUGGGUUGGCUUACAGCAAGUAUCUUCCUAGGUAUGAUGAUUGGGGGAUACGUGUGGGGAGUUCUUGCAGACCUGAAAGGCCGUCAACGAAUCCUUGUUUUCUCAUUGGCAGUGAAUGGCGUCUUUGGCGCAGUGUCUAGUUUGGCAUCUAAUUAUUGGCAAUUCCUGCUAUUGCGAUUUAUUAGCGGAGUUGGCGUUGGUGGCUCCAUACCAGUCAUAUUCUCCUAUUUUUCGGAAUUUCAACCUCGGAAUAAAAGAGGCUGUAUGGUCAGUGCUUUGGCUACUUUCUGGAUGGCAGGGAACAUUCUAGCAGCAGGUCUAGCUUGGCUGGUUAUUCCCAGGACUUCACUGUCUUUCCAGCUGGGUUCUCUACACUUUCAGAGCUGGAGGCUUUUUGUGAUGCUGUGUUCAAUACCCAGUCUAUCCUCUGCAUUGAUUUAUGCUGUAGGGAUGCCUGAGAGUCCCAAGUACUUGAUGCAGGCUGGUCGGGAGGUCAAUGCUGUCCAAGUUUUCCAGCGCAUGUUUUACUGGAAUCACCGUGGGACAGCUCGUUCAUUUUCAAUGUUAAUGACUCUACAGGAUUCUGAUGUCUUGACAAGGGUUCAGCGGCUGGUGAUUCCUCCUCUUGAGAGAAGCAAUGCAAGGGUUUAUGAAAGUCGUACCGAUUGGUUUAAGCAGCAGAUAAUAAAGGGAUUGGAUCCCAUCAGGAAGAUUCUUGCCGAAAAACUGCGCACCACAUCGAUUACUCUCUCCAUCAUCUUCUUCAGCAUCUCAUUUGGGUAUUAUGGUCUGUGGAUGUGGUUUCCCGAGCUUCUAAAACGGAUCGAGACCGGAGGUGGUUCUGCAUGCUCGAGUAAUUGGAACAGCUCCGGUGAAAAAAGUGUGGAGAAUGUCACCUGUUAUCCAGUGAAGACAGUGGUGUACAAAGAAGGUUUUAUAAUUGCUGCUGCCAAUCUCCCUGGUAAUAUCUUCAGUAUCUUACUGAUGGAUCUACUCGGAGGCAAAUUUCUACUCUGUGCAAGUCUAUUUCUCUCAGGAAUCUGUGCAUUUUUCAUUUGGGAAGUGAAGACCAAAACACAGAGCUUGAUAGUGUCCUGUGUGUUCAGUGCCAUCUCGGUCGUUGCCUGGAACUCACUUGAUGUCAUUGGCUUAGAACUGUACCCCACUCACCUACGGUCAUCUGCACUUGGAGUUUUCACUGGUGUCAGCCGUAUUGCCUCUAUUUUGGCAAACCUGGUUUUUGGCCUGCUGGUUGACAUGAACUGCGCUGUGACCAUCCUUCUGGUCGCAGCAGUACUUUUCACCGGCAGUCUGGCAUGUUUCAAAUUGCCAAACACUAAGCACAUUGAAUUGAGUUGAGAAGAGAGUUGAAGUUACUGGAACAUUCAUCAUUGGUGCCUUUACCCAUCUGCUCCAAUUAGUCCUUUGCUAGUGAACAUGCCGGAAUGAGAUGCAAUAUGCUCAAAGAGGGAAUAUGGCCAUUUUCAUGAAGGGUAACUGCAAAGGAAGACCAACAUUUUGAAUGGAAACAAAUUGUAGACUUGACAAACGUGGCAAUAUGAUGUUUUUGCAUGCACCUUAAAAUAAGGGAUCUUCUACGGAUACUCAAAAAGCCCUGCUUGGAAGUAAAUGCCAGGCAGGUUGUGUUUUCAAAACUUAAGUUUCAGGUUCAGAUCACGAAACUUUGAUCACUCCUUCCUAGGUUUGUACUUUGUUCUACUGUUGACCUCCCACCAUAAGCAGGACGGUUCAUGUCUCAUUUAGUAACAGUGACGAGAUAGGGAAUAAAGACAAAAAAGUGUAUCUGUUACUUUUGAAAAGUGUUAGUCUGGCUAAAGAAUCAAAUUUCCUGAAACAGGAGCAAUCAUGAACCCUUUGUUUAGACAUCAUUCAUCUCACUAACAAGGCUAGCCCCACUGUGCAAUAUUUACAUGUUUACAGAGUCCAAAUGGCUUAGCAGUUCAGUUUCAAAAGGGGCAAAUACCGAAAUUGAAUAUCGUUAAUAUUGAGCAAUAAAGUGAUAAUCAUAAAUUUGCACAAUGAUACAUAGACACACUAAUGGAGAGUUGUGACACAAGGCAGUCUUAUUUCUAAAGCUCUGCUGGAUUGCUCAAUUUGCAUUAUCUAUUGCUAACAAUUCCUGGAUUGCUGAGCUACUAAGGCAUUGUUUAAGCAGCAGCCAAGUUUAGAAUUAGUUUUCCAAUCCCUCCUUUCUGAUCUCUCUGCAUCCCAUGAGUGUCCCUACUUCAUUUGCUCGAUUACUGACAGCUGCAAUCUCUCCUAUCCUUUAAAAGGAAUCCAUUAAAAAGAAAACCUGGGACCAGGCUUUUGGUCAUUUAACUUGAGGUAGUAUCCCUACCUCUAGGCCAGACAAUCCAUUUCAAAUCUACCUGCCCUGCAGAUGGGUAAUAACCUGUCCAGUUUGAUUAAAAAGAAUUAUGGUCACCUGACCAACUACUCCAAAACCUUAGUGACCAAUAUCUUGUGGCUGUUUUGUUCGAUGUCUUUAUAAAUGCACCUUUAAUAGAUGUUAAUUGAAAAGUACUGCAUAUAGUGCCUGUUAUGGACCAGACCAGAUCUCAAAAAUAUUUUGUUAGCCUAGACCCUAACUUUUUCUUAUAUUAAAGGCAAAUGUAAAGCAGUGUUCCAGAUGCAAUUCGACUGGUCAAACUACAACAUUAAGCAAAUUAAUUUAUUCAAACACUAUAAUUAACACAGCGAAAGAAGGAAGAACUUAGAAUAAUCAGUAACUAUUACUAAUUAAUGGUUCCAAUAUAAUAACAUCCCAUAAGCACCCUUGACAAAGGCAAAUUCAGAAAACAGAUUUUCUCACAUGCAAAGCCCACAGUAGGAAGAGAAAUCUCAGCUUCUAGCUAUAACCGGCAGUGGGGGAAGAAAUAGGUUCCACUUCAAGACAGCAGCAGCUUCUGCCAAAUCUAAACGCUUAAAAAAAAAGAAAUCCUGGUCUAGGAGGCUUGGCCAUACCUAUCCAGGCUGCUUCUACUGUUCCAACUUUUAAAAAACCUCAAGGGCUCAAGCUGUUUACGUUAUUAUGGACUGCUCGCCACCUCUUCUUCAAUUUCUCAAAGCCACAGCAUCAUCAUAGUGUCAAGUACCAUAUUUUCAAGAGGGAAAAUGCACUUGCAUAAAUGUUGAAAUAUUCACAGGAUACCAAACCAGGGUUGUUAUACUUAGAAUCUCAACCUAGUGCUUCCUGCUGAAGGGAGGGUGCAACCCAGGAUAGGCCACUUGGUACCUCAACCUGUUCUGUUAAAUCAGUAAGACUGUGGCCAACCGAGUUAUAGGAUCAACUCUACUUUCUAACCUGCACCCCAAACCCCUUGAUUCUCUGGUAAGCCAACAAGCUGUCUAAUUCUCCCCUCAGCAAUCAACACCUCUCAGAAGAAACACCAUCCUGGUUUCAAGUUGGAAAGGCCUUUUUAAAAUUGUGCCCACAGUUCUAAAUUGCCAUAGAAGGGGAGAAAUUGGCAAAGGGGCUUUUGAAGGGAUCAGUGCUGAAAGGCUACGUGCCAUAAAUAUAUAAUAAAACAGGAAGUGAUUUCCUUUGAACAAGGGAAAGAGCACAUUUUACUUCAAAUGCAGGAUUGUACUACAAUCGAUUACUACUAAAUCUAGUUGAAUGUCAUUGUGCAAAGCAUUCACUAGAAGACUAAAGCUGAUCAGAGUUUUUAAAAAAGGUAGUCGUUCAUAGAAAUAGUGCUGCUAUGAGACUGUUGUUUAUUUAGACUUGGUAUUUGGUUUAGUUUAAAAAAAACAGAUCCUGAUUCUAAUAAUAAUCAACCCUGGUAUUUCUGUGUUGAAGAAUCUAUCACACACAAUAAGCAACUAAUGCUUUCCUUGAACUUUUCAAACAUGUUUUACUCAAAAAAAAAUGAGAAUGGUAUUGUGUCCAAAUAUAUUGUCAUUAACUGCAAAGUGAAAGAAACAGUGCCUUAAUUCUUACCUUUUUGCUUAAUCUACCUUGAUUUUGUCUGACUCUAGAAUUUGCAACAUUCCAAGAAUAAAAAUCUUCCUCCCAA